AUGGUUUGUCCACCCCACCAGGCAUGGUUCGUCACCACAUGCAUGCACGUCAUCCCCAUCAACCAUCCGUCUGCCCCAUCUCUCCCACCUCUCAUCCCACCCAUGUUACCACCAGGCACGGCUCAUCGCUCUCAUAACCAUCUGCCUGCCUCAUCCCUCCCGCCCCACCAGGCAUGGUUCGUCACCACGUGCAUGCACGUCAUCCCUAUCAACCGCCGCAAGUUCUCCCAGCAAGAGGUACGGUUUUCUGAGAGUUCUAAAAAACCGCAAGUUCUCCCAGCAAGAGGAUGCCAAGCCAAGCUGCCCUGCUCUCAUCACUCUCUCCCUUCGCUCAUCACUCUCUCCCUGCUCUCAUCACUCUCUCCCUGCUCUCAUCACUCUCUCCCUGCUCUCAUCACUCUCUCCCUGCUCUCAUCACCCUCUCCCUGCUCUCAUCACUCUCUCCCUGCUAUCAUCACUCUGUCCCUGCUCUCAUCACUCUCUCCCUGCUCUCAUCACUCUCUCCCUGCUCUCAUCACUCUGUCCCUGCUCUCAUCACUCUCAGCUGGACACUCUACUAGAGCUCAAGGCAACCAGCAGCCGUCAUCCUUCCACAGCAGUGCUCAUAUACCCUUCCUUGCUCUCCUUGCUCUAUCCUUUCCCCCUGUUUCUCUCCUCCUCCCUCUCUCCCACUCCCGCCUUCACCACCAGCUCGACACCCUACUAGAGCUUAAGCUCGACACCCUACUGCAGCUCAAGGCAGCCAGCGGUCCCCAUCGCCCCACAGCAGUCCUCAUCUUCCUCUCGUUCUCCGUUACCCUACCCUUUUUCCUCCCUCCCUCCCUUUCCCACCACCAGCUCGACACCCUACUGCAGCUCAAGGCAGCCAGCGGCCCCCACCGCCCCACAGCAGUACUCAUAUUCCCCGAGGGCACGCGCUCCUUGACUGGAUCCCUGCAGCCCUUCAAGUCAGGCGUGGGGCUGCUGGCAGAGCAGCUGGACGUGCCUGUCGUGCCUGUGUGCGUGCAGGUGAGCACUAAUGUCCGAAUGAGUGAGACAUUACCCUUAAAGUCAGGCGUGGGGUUGCUGGCAGAGCAGCUGGACGUGCCUGUCGUGCCUGUGUGCGUGCAGGGCACCUUUGAAGCUCUACCGAAGGGUCGCACCAUUCCCCUGCGUAGGCGGGUGACUGUGGAGUUCGGGCGGCCUCUGGACGUUCAGGAGUAUCUUCAGGUGGCCCAGGUGGCGCCACCAGAUGCUGCUGUCGUCUCUCCCCCAGCAAGCACUCAGGGCGAUGCCGUUCAGAGCACAUCAGCCCCAGGCCCAUCAGCAUCUGAAGAUACAGAACGGGCCAUGAGACGAGCAGCACACAGGCGAUUCGCGGACGCCCUUCAGAGCAGCGUGGCAGAUAUGGCUGCGCGGAGCAAGGGCAGGGGCGCACAGGGAGAGACAGGGACACGGACUGCAGCUGCUGUUGCUGCGGCCAGCUUUGGCGGUGUUUCUCCUGAGGGCAUCUCUCAGGCAAGCUAUGCUGCAGCGGCAUCGUUGCUAGCCUGUGUGCCUAAUCAACCAGGGGAAACGGCAGGGCUUGUUGCUGCUCUUGUCCUCUGCUGUGCCUUGCUGAUUGUUGGAUUCAGGCCCAUUGCUGACUGGGCAGGGCCGUAUCUGUUCUUCCCCUUGGAUGAUCAGGAAGAGAUGCAGUAG